GUUUUAAGUUUUUACCUUGCAUAUUUCAUUAUCCUGCUUAAAAUGUAAGGAUGUCCAGACAGAGCAAGCGUAUUAGAAUAAUUAUAGCCUAAAACCCUCACCAAGAAAGCAAGAAGCUAUCUGUACUAUUGCGAGCCAACCUAGCGCACCAAUUCACCUGUGCGUUCGGUUGGGUGUUACGCACCGCAAGGGGAGUUACGUCGGCUAGGGUUAGUGAAAAACAGGAAAAAACGCAACACAACAUGGCUUACAGUAGAGUAGUACAAUAGCACAUCAAUAGACAUUUGUUAUUGAGAGAGAACUGGGAGAUGAGUGGUCGCGAGCGCAGCAGAAACCGAACCAGGUCGUUGGAUUCGGACCUUGAGUCGCGUGCGUCCCAAACAGGUUUGAAAACAUUGAUUUGGAGCUCACUCUGCUGUGGUGGGACUCGCACGGGUACCUAGGAUACAGCUUUGGAAGAUUUUAUUUGAAUAAGAAAGCUGUGAUUAAAGUUAAGUUCACUAAAACCAUGUCAAACUGGUAAAGUAGCCUGCAUUAUAUAUCUAGUUUUUUAAAUGUUUUUACAGUGACACCUGUGAUAGGGCAAUUUGUGUAGGCUAUUCAUUUGUAGGCUAUUUGUGUGUUGUCGUACACGUUUGCUGUGCUGAAAUAACUGCCACAAAACCACUGAAUAAAGGUAAUAAAGUGCUAGACAGUUUUCUACUACUGUAGUAUUUCUGCCUUCUUCCUAAACCAAGAGGGCAGUUCGGCAGGGGGUCUUGAGGAGGACAAGGAGGUCGCCUCGCAGGCUGUCCUGUUCUUCAUCAACGGCUCGAGGAGAGGUGCAGUGCACCUAUGCUCGAGGAUAGCCGAGAUACUGCGCGAGAAUCAACGUCUGCACAGGACCGUAGAGGUCCAGAGAGUCCGAAUAGAGGAGCUGAUGUGCUCGCUGUCCACUGCUCCAGCUGCACCCGUGGGUCCCUCAGAUUCCAACAGAUCCCAGACCAGCUCCACCUCACUCCCAGACACCAGCCCCUCCUCUCCCCUCUCCUGCCUUCCCUCCAUCUCUCUCGCCUCCCCCUCCCCCUACCUCCCCUCUACCCCAGCCAGUGUCUCCCCCAGUGUGUCCUCCUUCUACAGCUCUGGGAGGGGCAGCCUGUGCUCUAGUGUCACACCCCCGUGCCUCCCCCCUCUGGUCCCCCUUCACACCCUCACCCCUCAGAGGAGACAGACACCAGCUCUGCCCUGUGUGGAAGAGUAUGAGAGGGAGGAUCCAGGAGAAGAUGAGUGGAGAGGAAAGGAAGGCAGGAGAGGAGAAGAGAGGGGGAGAAAGAGAGGGGGAGGAAGGAGACAAGAAGAGAACAACAGUCUUAUUCUGCCCUGUGUGGAAGAGGCUCUGGGGUCACAACCCCUCCCCAUCAUGCCUCACUCCCCCCAGCGUGACCGCACAGCCAGAGAAAGAUUCAGGAGGAGAGAGAAGGGCAACCUGCCGUCUGAGCAGUGUGGACAGACUUCGGACCGAAAACACACGCUGAAGAAAAGAGAGAAAGUCCUAAGGAGAAGUGCCUCAUGUGGACCUCUGAGGGGAGAGAUGGGGGAGACGAAAGAGGAGGAGGAGGAGGAGAGGUGUCUAGCCUCAAACUGUCCUGACUCCUCGUCCACAGUCCCAUCAGCAGGAGGAGGGCUGGACCCUAGGGCAUUAACCACCAGGAAGAAGCACCGUCUGUGUGUGAAUGACCGUGUAGUGCUGGAGAGAAGGAGGAGAGGAGAGGAGAGGAGAAGAGGAGCUGUGAGGUUUAUCGGACCACUGGAUAACACUGACGCUACAGACAUCUAUAUCGGAGUGGAAUUGGACACAGCCAGUGGAGAAAAUGAAGGCAGUCUCCAUGGUAACAGGUACUUCAGGUGUGAGCCCAACCAUGGAACAUUCACCACCAUCACAGGGAUCAGAAAGCUCUCUCGGUCAUCCCACUCCUCCAAACCUCCAGAGGAGGAUGACUCUAGUGACUCUGGGCCGGGGAGCUCUGCAGUGGCAGUGGGGAGGAGCAGCAGGGGCAUUGGGAUUAGGAGCGGAAAAGGGCUCAGAAGGACCCGGAACCAGAUGGACAUUAGAGCACAGGUCCAUUCAGAGCCAGGAGGACCCAGAGACAAGACUACAGUGGAGAACCCUGGACCAGACUGACAUAUACCCAAUCACACACACCCCUGGACUGGCCUGACACUCCUCUCCUAGUCCCUCAAUCCACAGCCUUACAUUUUCUCCUUUCCCUCCUGAGUACCCCUUGUGAUGUGUCUGGGUUUCCCCUUUUGUCUGAGCGUAGACUCACAAGGCAACAUGCUGAACAAGCCCUCUUCAAUCUUCCUGCGUGUAACCAUAGAUAGAGGACUCUAGUGCCCAAAAGCCUGCUUUAGCAUGUGCAGCGCCAUUGAGGACUUUCACCAGUCAACUG